AUGCAGCAGCCGCAGCAGCAGCAGCAGCAUCUUAUGCAACAGCAGGCCCACAGCUACAGAUGCAGAUACUAUAUUCGUGGAGGCAACACAGACGUAGAUACAGAUACACAACACGCGCGACUCGCUGUAUGCAUGAUCAUGUAUGAAGAUCUGAAUGCCGAACCUGGACUCGAACUGCUGCCACAGUUUGCAACGCGACGCGACACGACGACGAUGCGCUCUGAGUUGCAGUCUCAGCCUUUCUUUAUCUGCACUUUGGCCUUGUUGAGCGUGGCUCAAGCGGGUUUGUUGCCACAUUUGGAGCAUGACCAUCAUCACGAGGAUCUGUCCCAUUUUGUGGGCGCCGAUGUUCAUCAUUCGGACGGCAUUCAUUUAGGCCACAGCUCUUCGGUGGUGCACGAUGAGCCACAUCAUUUCCUGCAUUACAGGAAUCCUGUGGUCGAUCAUCACAUCAUUCACAAUGCCCACGCCCAUAUUGAUGAACACGCCCAUGCCCAUCACGCUGACCUGCAUCACUACGCUCACCACUCGGCUCCAUUGGUGCAUCACCAUCACUCCGCACCAUUGGUACACCACCAUCAUAGCCAUGCCGCCGUAGUACACAGGGCCGCCUACCCCGCCCACUUGGACGUACAUAGCCAUGCCAAUCUGCUGUCCUUUGCCAAGCAUCAUUUGCACGGCAAAUACGGUAAAGUGAGAAUCACCGAGACACAUUAUUGA